UAGAAAGACUCUGGAACAUCACCUGGAACAGUAUCUGUACAACAGCAAAAAGGCAUGUCAAGAAAACCAACCCCAAAAAGAUCUCCACACACAAGCAAACAAAAAACCAUUUACAACUACACAACCCCAACCAAAACAUUGGCUCAGUUUACAACCUUGGGAAACUUGUAUAUCUAGCCAAUACAUACAUCAAAAGAAAGAGAAAGUCAAACACAAUGGUCAAAAAAAUCAACAAAAUGACAAAAUUCCUACAAAAACAAAACAUACCCAUAACAAACUUUCCCUUCCAGAAAAGCGCCAACCAAAAAAAAAGAUGGCUGGAAGAAGUAAAAGACCUCUGGCAAGCAACAAAAAAGAUAAUCAAUCAUGA